AUGUCUAAUGAGAUUGAAGUGAAACUAUCUGAGAUUGAAUUCCUCGAAAAGCUAAAGGAGAGUAAGUACUCGGUGGUUUUCAAAGUCCGUUUCCGGGAAAAAAUAUGUAUUAUGAAAGUGUAUCAUGAUAGAGGCCCGUCUGAGUUCGAUCCCCCUGACCGCGAAGUCAAUCUCUUUGUUUCGGAGUCUACCGCAUACCAUCGAAUGAAAUUGAAGGGCUUGUGCAAGAGUGGUAGUAUCCCAAAUUUUUACGGGACAAUCAGAAAUAUUCAACCGGCUGUUUGGCCAGAUCUUUACAUGUUCCUUGACGAUGGACUGACGCCCAAUGCCAUCCUUAUCGAGUAUAUUCCAAACCUGCAGCCAAUAGACCUAUCCAACUUUUCAGAAAAACGCCUGGCUGAACUCCGCAAGAUUCUCGACGAUAUUCACAGGGCAAAAGUCCUCCACGGUGAUCCGAAGCCCCGCAAUAUGAUGAUAUCUUUAGGAGAGUACGAGAGGGUACUCUGGAUAGACUUUGAUUCUGCCCAAACGUUCUCAGAGGGUGAUCUUUCCCCAAAACAAGAAGAAUGGAUCAAAGAAGAGGUUGAGAUGAUGGACUAUUUUGUUGAAGCCUUAGCUCAGGAUUUCAAAGAAGGCAGGCUGAAUCGUACAAUUUCGUACUAUUACGACUGGUACGAGUAG